CAGCAACUUAAAGAUUCCACUUGAUAACUCUCUUUCUUUUUGGAUGCUCCAAGUCAGAUUAAAGCUUCUCCAAAAUCCCCCCCUCUCUAAAUUAUUCUUCUUGCCAAACUCUUGUAGAAAAAACCAACUCUCAAAGAAAAGAAGAAAAAUAAUGAAAUACACAGAGAUAUCACAUUUCAGCCACCCACAGCACAACCUCAAGUUCGACUACACCGAGAAACCCUUCAAGUGUGAUGGCUGCAAUGAAGUAGGCAUAGGCUCUCGCUACCGCUGCUCUAAUGAUCAUCAAGGCUGCGAUUUCGAUCUCCAUGCGCACUGUGCAUUACCUUCGGCCUCCAUAACACAUCCUUUCUACAAAAAAUGUACGUUUCAGUUCUUGGCACGACCUCCGGGGAAUGAGAGACGGUACUGCAACGCGUGCGAGAAGGAUGUUUCCGGAUUCGUGUACCAUUGCAAGGCUUGUGGGUUUGAUCUUCAUCCAUGUUGUGCUAUGCUUCCUAUGGUUUUGGACGAUGGAGAGACCAAACUCUUUCUUUACCGCAAAGUUAGUUCUUCUUGUCAUCGAUGUGGAAGAAAAGGACGUAGCUGGAGUUACAGGUCGUCUUGCAAAAAGUACAAUCUCCACGUAGCGUGCGUGAGGGAGAUGUUAAUGGAGAAUUGGCGAGAGCUAUACAAAGGACAAAAUGGUAAAAGCACAGAACGUAAGAGCUUGGCUUUGAAGAACACGCUUGAGCAUCACCACCGUAAGAGCAGCAAAGGGAAAGUCCAGAAAUGCUGCGAGAUCGCCGGAAUGGCCGUGCAGUUCGUUAUCUCCGCCGUGCUCGGCGAUCCAACGGCACUUAUCGCCGGAGUUGUAGGCUCCCUCAUUUCUCGGGGAUGAUUCCUCUCCCUAUCCCUCUCAAAAGGGUAUUUCGAUAUAUCUUUUCUAGUUUGUGUUUUAAUCAUAUCAGUUUACAAACUUAUAGUUAGAGUUUGAAUCAUGUCCGAUCAAGUUUCGUGUAAAAAAGAAAGUCAAAAUGCAAGAAAAAAAAAAUACUCGAAUAUAUACGAAAGUUUAGUAAAGUGUACGUAUUUUAUGUGACUUAAAAAUUCAGCACCGUUUUCUUAGAUGCAUUUAUGCCACUUGUUUCAUCUGACUGAAGUAAUUAUAAAAGAUGUUUACAUAAAAAUGCACUUUGUGAGUUUUGGUUACAAAAAAAG